AUGACUACUGUUCAAGUCGUAGUGGCACUUUGCUUUAUUUUUAAUUUAGAAUUAGGAAUAGCGAAAUUAACAGCACAAUCAACAACAGAAGCAACGACACCAUCACCAUCAACAGUAAACAUGACACCAGCACCAACAACAGUAACAAUGACAUCAACACCACCACCAACACCACCUCCGUUUCAUCAAGGACCACAAUAUACAAUAAAUUGUCUAGAAACUGGCAAUGUUGAGGUUAAAGGAGUAUCGACAACAUCUACUCUGAUUGUUAACCAUAAUCAAACCUGUGCUGAAAACAAGACCAAAUAUACAGCUUCUUCAAGUGGGAAGAUUACAAUCCAUAAGUCAUGUUUGACCGUUACAAAUUUAACGGCAACACGAAGCGUUACUUUUACAAUUCACGAUGAAACGUUUGACGGUAAAAUCAGACCAAACCCACUUACUACUGUAGUUGGUCUAAAUGGGGGACAAAGUCAGCAUACAAUUACAGUUCAUUGUACACCCUUACCUGGGAGAGGCAUUCAAGUCUACGUGGUACAUGGUGUUGGUUUGGCAACACUAAAGCCAAAGAACAUUCCCACUGAGAUUGAGAAAGUUGAAAUGAGACUAAAAUCUGAAAAAUAUGACUCGUACGAUGAUGUUACCAAGUUACCAGAUGUCUCUACAGUUUAUAUUGGAGACAAAUUCUACAUGUAUCUCGUCUACCUAGGGAAAGACCAAUACAGUGUAAUCCCAACAGAUUGUAAAGCAUUCGACGGAGCAUAUGCAUCUGAACCUUCAGCGUCUGUCAAGAAAUUGAAUUUAUAUACCAAAAGUUGUUUAACACAGAACGCAAAGGAUUACAGAGUGAUGCACCCUUUCAGUCUUGCAAUGAAAAAUGACACACGCAUAUUGUCUGCUGAAAUAUACGGAUUUAUGUUUAAUACAGAUAACGAAAUUACAUUUGUAUGCACAAUCAAGAUAUGCAAAACAAGUACCCCCUGCGUUUCAGCGGCUUGUAAUGGUACAGACUGGUCAUCAAGCAGAAAGAGAAGGCGUGCACCAGAGGAUAAAGAGUUAACCAUUACGAAACGGUUACGUGUUCAGAUGAAAACAGUUCAAAGUUCAGCAGGAUUUACAGAAUAUAGUUGCUUUUGCAUCAUCUUGCUACAACUAUUCAUUCAAAUGGGGUAAUUGCGGAGAC